GGGUGGGGGGGGGUAGAGUGUACAUAGACCCUACCCCUAACUCGAGGAGGUAGAGAGGCUGCUUCGGAAAGACCCUCAGGUCAAGUGCAGCAAUCAAGUAGUUAUGAAAAAGGCAAUACGGCAGUGACCUUGAUUAUAUACUAAAAGAAAAUUCGUAGUAAUACAACAAGCAGUUUUUAUUUAACUAUGGUAUGAGAAUCCUACAAGAAGCUGUUCCCGGCUACUUACCAGCAUCAUGUCUUCAACUUAAUCUGUAAUGCAACAUUUCAUUGGAUCAAUCUGAAAUUAUUCCGCUACAUUUAUAAGUUUCUGUAUCUCAUACUUCUCUUUUCUGUAACGUUUCGGUUGGGAAAGUAAUUAGUUGUGAGUUCUAAUUCCUGAUUGCAGAUCUAGCCUAUGACUGUGAUUUCCAUAAAAAUAGUUCCCGAAUUUUUCAAAUCACAAUAGAAACAAUAGUGAAAUGUGAAAGUCAAUGUACUGUAAUUGUUAGAUGCAAGUGGAAGAAUGCCUUUCUUCAGAGAAUCUUCCGAGAGAACAAGGAAACCAUACUCCUGGAUCAUCUCUCUGCUCUUGUAAUUUUUAGAGUUACGAGGAAACUGUGUUGGAACAAAAUACUUGACCAACAUUAAACAAGUAAAUCCGAAAUUUGUGAGAUCAUAAGCUGGGUCAGACUAGUAUGGCUAUUUUGAGACAACUAGGGCACUUGGGCCAUGAAUCUGUGAUGGUCGAUGAAGCAGAACUGGAGAUUCAUCAGCGACUUCAGGAAUUAUAUAUAUCUACAAGGGCUGCGAAGCAUUUCCAGAGGGAUAUUGUUCGUGGUGUAGAAGGAUAUAUAUCAACAAGUAAAAAACAAAUGGAAAUAGCUAGAAAGUUGGCAGAUAAUUGUUAUAAAUACGGGGGUGAGAAUCAAAAUAAUCCUUCUACUUUGCCAAAGGUUGCCGUGGAAUUUGGAACUUCACAUGCUGCAAUGGAAGAUCAAAGGGAAAUUAUGCUAGGAGUUCUUGGACAACAGGUUUGUGAGCCGUUGAGAGCAUCAAUACAUGGUGCUCCUUUAGAAGAUGCUCGCCAUUUGACUCACCGCUAUGACAGAAUGCGCCAGGAGUUUGAAUCCCAGGCUACUGAAGUAAUAAGACGCCAAUCAAAGUUUAGAGAAGCUUCUACUGAAAGUUUGGCAAAGCUUAAAAAUGCAGAAACAAGAUUGUCGGAGCUCAAAUCUUCGGUGUUGGUUCUUGGCAAAGAAGCAACUGAUGCCAUGUUAUCUGUAGAGGAGGAGCAGCAGCAGAUUACUUUCCAAAAGCUUCGUACCAUGGUCGAUGCUGAAAGAUCUUAUCAUCAAAAUGUUGUGUCUAUUUUGGAGAAGUUGCAUUCUGAGAUGCUUGAAGAAGAGCAAUUAAAUGAGUCAUCUCCACAAUCUUCAAAUUCACCGAGAGUUUUGCAUGAUACAACUUCAAAUGGAACUGAGCAUCCAGAAGCCGAGGAUAAAAGUCCUACCUAUUUUAGUGCCAAGGUACCCUUCUCAAAAAAUUUUAGUGCCAAGGUACCCUUCUCAAAAAAAUUUAGUGCCAAGGUCAUGCACUCGUUUGAAGCCCAAGCAGACGGCGAGCUAAGUCUAGAGGUUGGUGAUGAUGUGGUAGUUCGGCAGGUAGCUCCAAAUGGAUGGUCUGAAGGAGAAUGCAACGGUAAGUCCGGUUGGUUUCCCUCGGCUUAUGCUGAAAAGUCACACAAAGUACCAGCAAGCAAAAUGGCGGAAACGGAUACCACCCCAUAAGAUAAAACAAUUAUCAUGCUACCUUCAUAUAAACCUUUGCUUUUUUGUAAAUUUUCACUUGUAUAGGUGUUUGAGGAGUUUUCCAUUUUGCUUUUUUUUUUUUCUUUUCUCCCGAUGUAGACGAAUCAAAGCUUAUAAUCAAGUUUAUUAUUUGCUGA